GUAAUAAAUCAAUGUCAAAAUUCAAAAAUCCAUGAACACCCAUUAAUGUUGAAAAAUCAAUGCGACACCCUGGAGCACCAGGCCACAUAAUACGUAGAAGCGAUCAGAAAUAUUGUAAAAGGCUCCGAAAAAGGAUAGCCAGAGAGGAGCAUCCGAUAGACACAAUGGCACUCGUCAAAUCGACGAGCGUCGCGACGCAUCGAGCGUGGCAGACAAAGACAGGGCGAGCGGAGAAGAUCCGUACAGAGGAGCCGGCGAUAUAACACAUCGAUCUGCGUUCGCGCAUGCGUUUUCGCGUCGACGAGCUCGAGCAGAUUUUACCCUUGCCACCCUGUAUAGGCCGUGACCGGGAUACGAUACCAACAGGUGAUGCUGAAGGAGUAGAGACACUCCCUCAAGCGGCAUCGUCGAUCGUCUCCCACGAGUCCUGAUCCUGCACUAGUGAUUUAAGUAUCGUUUUCAGACUUACUGGCUGACAGCCAAUAACCGAUCAAUUCCUACCGGCGAUCAAAAGUAUCGAAGGGAUCGAUCUAUCAACGUGCGAUGAAACGAGAAGAAAAUCACGAGGAUCCAGUGUUCACGAUCAACAACGACGUCUUCUUCCAUCUCGCGAUGAUCUAGUGAACGAUUUUGAUUCUUAGUGUUCUUCUUUUAUUUUUUUAUUUUUUUAUUUUACAAAAGAGUUGUCCGAGGAAUGUCGAUCGCCGAGGUGGUGAAUACAGGUUCGGAAGAUCGAGUUCGAAAGUUGUAAGGUUCUUCGAAGGAGGGGUGAGUUAUGAUCCAAGGAUGAUCCAGUGAAGAUUUCAGUGGUUUCCUUCCGGGAUGAAACGGAGCUCCGGGUGAGAUAAAAACCCAUAAACUUUGCCGACCGAUUGAACCCAUCGGCAUGGAACUUCGAUUCCGUUUGAUGCUUCUUUGAACGAUAGACAGUGAGCUUUUUGGAAAUACGAAGAUGAAGGAGACUCGAGGAAUCGCGGAUGAUCGACAGAGGAGACGAAUGAUUUUUUAGCCUGGGGAAUUUUAAUGUUCCAAGGUAGGAGAUACUUGAGUGGAUUUGAAAUUUUUUAAUUAUUUCUUUGUAUGAACAUUUGGAAAAUUUGUAUCGAAAGAGUAUCGUUGGAUUAUGAAAAAUUGAGCUGACUGGCCCUCGUGUUCUUUUUUCAAAGGUACGGAAUAAGAAGUAGUCGUGCAAAUUUUAUAUCGUUUAUAAUGCAAAUCUACGGGAAAUGGAAAUUUGAAAUGGGCUAACAGAAUUGGAGCAAUCGAUUACUGGUUAAUGACUCUGGUUUCCUUGAUUCUGUUAUAACGUAACGAGCAUUCCUAUUCAAUUUAAUCUGCGAUAACUCUGGCUAAAUUUCUAAAUAAUAUCUACAUUAACCAACUCGAUUAAGAAGCUCCAUGAAGCGUUGAAAAUGUCCCAUCGAUUUAUCAUUUUCGUGUGGCAGAGCUUUAAUGAUUCACUGAAAAGAUCUUGAAUAGUUAAUUAAAGAAAUGUAUGAAAUAUAGAGAAUCAGAUCGUUCCAGUUACAAAACGAAUCGAUAUCCCGAAAAUGGACAGGACACGUUGUAGAGUUUAAAAAAAGAAAAAUAAUGAUAAGGAACGUUUGAUUCAGCAGUUUCGUGAAUUAAUUGGCAUUCGCACGUUAAUGAGGUGUACCAGUUAAUUACAGAGAACACCCCGAAGAGGAGUCAUUGAAAUGAUAAACGCGACUGAAAUGGAACAGUCUGAGUACGUUUCGUGCUUCCCUCGGCACCACGUGUUUGAAUAAAAAUAAAGCGUCGCGACGCUCGCCUCGUCAUCGUAUCGCAAUGAUUGACUGUUUUCAAUUUUCAUAGCUGUGAAUGCGAUUAAACUGUGAACAGUGCGAUUCGCGUCAGUUCCUUGAUUUAUGAAGAAAAGUAAAAAUGUGUGUGAAUAAGAAUUUGAAAAGAUACAGCGAAGAUAAAAUUUGAAGAAAAUGAUGCGAUAACGAAGUUGGAGAAGGAAGGAGAGCAAAAUGCCCCAAGGAAGCAUCCAUUGGCAAGGGACGCAGAGAAGAGCCUGCGGUCCAGGAGCACACUGGAACGUCCAGGUGGUGAGAGGGAAGGUGACAACGCGGUGUUUGUGGUACGCUUGCAAAGCUCUCGGAAUUGGACUCCUGUUAAUGCUUUUAGGAGCUUGCAUGGCAACCAUAGGAUACUUCGCAGAUCAGCUAUCAGUGGCGCAAGAGAUCAGAGGCAAUCUAACAAUAAGAGUGAAGAAUGAAUCACGCGGAUUCCAUUUGAACAACCUCAGUUAUGCUGGCCCAAUAGUGAUGGGCGUAGGAGGAUUUAUCGUAGUGGCGGCUUGUGUAAUGACGUUCGAGGCACGCGACAACGCAGCUAAAGUGGUCCCGGCUCGUUUCCGGUUCAGUCAAACAUCGACAAUAAAAAACACAAGAAACCAACGAAAUCGAAGAUCCACGUCCAGUCAGACAACCAAAUGGGAUCACCAAUUGGGAGUGUUCAAAGUGAACAGAAGUCCAAGUCCAAGUAUACAAGAAGUGUCAAGAAAACAAUUAACUGCAGAAUUUAUGCAAUUCUCCAAAGAACUGAACGAGAAGAAAACUGGGCAUUCGAUCAAAAAGAGUCCCAGUGCUCCGACUCUGAUAGACAAAAAAUCACCACGAAAAAGAACUACGAAAUAUGCUGGAUGCGCAUUGUUGAAUCCAGAAUUGCUUCAGAGACACGCGCUCUCUGUUGAUAAUCCAAGCUACAGCCCUCAUCAGGUAAGUAGAGAAAGUUUGGAUCAACAAAAGAUGGGAGGCAGUCAAGUGUCCAUGGCGAUGGAUCUCCACAUUCCUAAUAAAGGUCCAGUCACUUUGAAAGUGAAGGACAGGUCAGACACAGCGAGGCGUCAUCAACUACUUCGUCAGACGAAAGUAGAAUACGUCGAGGAGGUUGACGAAGCUGCACGAUCGCCAACCGGUCGUGUUUAUUCCCCUAAAUUAUCAGCAGGUGCCUAUUGCAAGUAUCCGGACGAUUUCGUACCAAGGAAAAGAAACUCCAUAGACGUAAGGUUAUUCGAGGAGCUAACCGCGACGAAAGACCUGACCAAGAUAUCCCCGAGGGAUUUCCGCAAGAUCUCCUCGCCGAGUUUCCAUAAAAUGUCGUUCGACAAAAUCGUUACCGAGCGUAGGAUCGAGAGAUCAAUGGGCCAACGUAAAGCCAGCUUGGAAUUUCGCAAGAGCCCGGACUUCCGUCGAGGAGAUUACAGGAAACUAUCCGUCGACAGAUUCAGUAUAGACUGCGCUAAAUAUUUAUUGGACGAGAUGGAAAUUCGAUCGAGAGCCAACAGCGGGGAGAACCUGAGGAGACAACGGCAACCAAAGUUGCACCAUUCCAGGUCGGACGACAAUAAAAGGCAAUCGUUCGAUAAACAAAAGGACGCUCAGUCUAGUAGACAUUCUUUGAACACGCAAGCGGUCGUCGAGAGCGGAGGAUCCGAAGGUGAAUUGAAGUAUUUCGCCGCGACGUCGUUAGAUACCGAGGAAAGUCGCGCGGACUAUUCCGAAGAGAGUCGCACCAUCGAGAUCGAUGACAAUAUCCCCACGAUCAUCACUCCUGAUGGACCCACCGAAGCUGAUGCCUUACUCGAGGAACCGGAACUGGAGAACCUUACGGAGAACGGUGUCGAGAACUCGCGACACGAUCGACAAGGAAUUAGAAGAUGCGACAAGAUGGCUAUUGAAACGGAACGUUUGAUUAUGAUGGAACGAGGACAGAUGAUGAAGGAUUUUGGUGAUAACGAGGAGACGAUUUUGUACGUAGAGGACGAUGAAGUUUAGAUCAUUUUCAGAAAUAAUUAUUGCAAAAAGAUGGUGUGCAAAAUAUUGAAAGAUUUUGCUAGAAAUGAAGAAUCGACCCUGGUUUUUUGAUUUGAAAAUUUGAAACAGAAAUAAGAAGAUUUUGUUCUUUUGUAAAUAAUUACUUAGGCAAUGAGAUUUUUUCACUUUCUUAACUACAAGUACUAUCGAACGUAAUCAGAUGCUCAAUGAUCUCAAAACGUAGGGUUAAGCGAAGCUGAUGAAGCUCUCCGUGAAUUACGUUCCGUCGUAAGACAAUCAUUUUUCAAAAGGAAAGUUGAUUAUUUUCGUCGAGAUACUAUAUACGAUAAGCGUAAAACUUGCCACGCUGACGACAAAUAAAUUAAUAUACCUUCAUACGUGGUAAAUUACGUGAAUGAAUAUAACGUAGGAAUUAUCUUUGAACUAUGAAACACGUUUCUGCCAACAAUAAUCGUAAAACCUUCUCGUAAUAUACGUAUAGUAUUUGUUCAUUGUUUGUGAUAAGAAAAAUGUUGAGAAUUGUAUCGUUUCUGCUCCUCGAUUUCAAUUUUGAAAGGAAAGAACUUUGAAGGAAAGAAAAACCAGGGCAUUGCUAUUUUUCCUGGGAAAAUCUACGGUGUUUGGUACUAUACAUUGUUGAAACAUCUCCAAAAAUGAUCUGGAUGAUUUAAAAAAGAAUUACAUAAAGAAACCUACCUUAUUCUAUUGUUGAAACGUUUUGUAAGUUCGCAUAAUCGAGGCCUACAUCUUACUGUAUAAAUAUUCGUAAAAAAUGCUUCCUCCCGAGGGAAAUGAAUUUUGUACGGUGCUCAGAUCAAGUAUAAAAAUGAAAAUUAAGAAAAAAAAAUAAACUAGCAAACGUGACAAUCCACUGACGUCGAGUGAUACGUGCGUUGUUUUUUAAAACGAAGGUUUAGCUAAAUGUAUGUAAAAAUCUAUUUUUAUAUAUUUCUCGUAUGGUGAUACCGCGACGAUGAAACACUAUUCAACAAUGUUAAUUCAACGCUAGGUUUUAUUUAUUUUUAAUACAAACGGGGAUAAAGAAAAAUUGGUUGGAAAUUGAAAAUUGGUCAUGGAAAUGCUCGAGAAUGAUUUUCUUAGCGAAAAGUGAAAAAUUUCGGAUACGACUGUUAUUCAGUUUUAAAUGGACCAAUAUUUAAGAAAAAUAUUACGUGUGUAAAAGUGAAAAAUUAUUUGGAAAAUUCCUUCUACUUGAUCUAAUAUUUCUCGCCCAAUUUGUAUAUAUAUUUGGGAAGUUAUUUCAUUUUAAUAACAUAAAAUGAAAAGUUAAACGCAUAUUAAAUUUUAGCCUUUAAAGAAUAAUUUUAUGUGCAAUGAGAUGAAAAUAUAAUCACGAAUAAUUAUUGAGAAUUAUAAAUGAUGUAUUGGCAUGGUCUUAUUUAUCAUUUCAUGCCAAUACGAAGUGCAUAGUUAACAGUUAACGAGAAAAACAUAAUCAAACUGUGAUGAAAUUAUAAAUUAAAUAAAUAUCAAUAACAGUGGGGAUAAUUGCUUGCUAUUGUUAUCAGUGCUGUAAAAUUUGUUCAACAAUUCAAAGGUACUCAUAAAAUACACAUUAAAUGUCAAUUUUAUACAUUAUGAACUAAAAAUGUUAUUAAAAUUCGAAUAAUAAAACUUCUCCUUUAUUAAUAAUAACUGUAGAAUUUUUUUAAUUUCAUAUUAAUAUUAUUCAAAUGAAAGCAACAAAUGUAAAGUAUAAUUAACAUGUGUGUCAAAAGUAUGUGACAUUUAUUGCAAAUAAAUGUUACAAAUAAGCAAUAAAUAAAACAUAUCGAGAUCUACAUUGAACAAUUAAAAUUUAACAUAUUUGUGUAGAACAUUAUUCAAUUGUGUUUUAAGAGUAUCUUUUUACAGUACUGACAGUGUUAAUAACAAAUGCUUUUAUUACCAAUUUAUAUACAGGGUGUUCGGUUAAGGGUGAUUUCCUUUGAGAUGAUGGUAGCUGCGACGAUUCUGAACAACUUUUUCCUUUACCAAAAUGCUUGUUAAGUCUUAGUUUUUGAAUUAUUAAUGAAAAACACCGAGCAAUCACAUCGCGCAUAGUGCGCAUGCUCGGGAGUGAGGGUUACGAACCGGCGCGCAGCCGAGUCAGUUUGUUCGCGACCGCGGUCGAGCGCGCUUCUCGUAGCCAACACUCCCGUGGCUGGGUUCUAAUUGGACAGUGUUUUUCAUUAAUAAUUUUAAAACUAAGCCUUGACGAGCAUUUUGGUAAAGGAAAAAGUUCUUCAGAAUCAUCCCAGCUACCACCCUCUCCAAGGAUACCACCCCUAAUCAAACACCUUGCAUAGCAAGCGUGUUGAUAUAAAUAAAUAAAAUAUCGUUGUACGAUUCUGAAUUCAAUGUAAUCUUUGCAUGCUGACUGUUGUAUCGUCUCAAUAAAACAACUUUCAAAAUAUUAUUUGAAUAUGAAUUGCACAAUGAUGAAAAAGAAGCUUGCUAUUAGACAAGAAAUACUAAACCUCUUGCACACUCAUAAAAUAUUUUUUUUUUAUUAAAUUAAUAAAUAAUGUGCACUCACCGACUGCGACGUCCUCUCGGUAAACUCCAGAAGUUGAACACCAUUCCAAUAGAUUCCAGGUAAAACGAGAUCCACUUAUCUACCU